AUGAGAUCAUCAAAUACAUCGAAGAUUCGAUCAGAGAAAAUUGUUCUCAUUGGCGCUCCUUCAUCGGGAAAGAGCUCAAUUGCUAACAGAAUUAUCAAUGGAACAUUCGCACCGAAUCAAGAAGCAACAAUUGGCGCUGCAUUCAAUUCAAAGAUAACCAAAGUAGACGACACUGAUAUCAAAUUGGAUAUUUGGGAUACAGGUGGCUCUGAAAAGUACAGAUCCUUGGUUCCAAUGUAUUUCCGUGAUGCCAGAGCUGCAAUCGUAGUUUUUGAUACAACAAAUGAACAGUCAUUUGUCGAAGCAAGAGAUUGGAUUGCCGAAUUUAGAGAAAGAGGAAUGCCAAACGCUCUUAUUUUUGGCGCUGCAAACAAAAUCGAUUUAGUUGAAAGCAGAAAAGUUAGUACUGAAAAGAUUAAAGAAUUUGCAGAGAACCACGGCUUUGCUUUCAUGAUAGAAACAUCUGCUUUGAACGGAGUAGGUGUCAAUGAACUUUUUACCGAGAUCGCUCGCCAGUUGUUGUCCAUCAAAACUGAAAAAGAUAAUAUUCAGACAUCAGGAGAUAUCGAUUUAGAAGAAACAACUCCUCAACAAAAAUCAUGCGGCUGCUAA